UCGGCCAUCCCAAGGAGGGGCGUAAUGUUAUGAAUUAAUCCGGUUCGCCCAGGCGAGCUCGGUCUUUCUUCUUCCCAGGGGCCGGGGCCACUUCUCGGAGGAUUCCAGUACAACGGGAAAGUGUCUGAAAUCAGAGAGCUUCUCUUUCUAGGGUUCUUUCCACGAAUCACUACUACUUCCGCCGACAUUCUCUUCCUUCCAAGUGUCGAUUACAAUGGCUCCCGAUGCUUCUGCGGCCCUUGCAGUAAGGGAAAAAGUUCAACAGUUUUUGAACGCUGCCUGUGCCGGAAACCUCUAUGUCCUGAAGAAGGUAGCAGCACAGCUUGAUGACGGAAAGGGACUAUCACAAACGGUGGCCAAUAUUAAAGACGCUAACAAGCGAGGGGCUCUUCAUUUUGCUGCCAGAGAAGGGCAGACCGAGAUCUGCAAGUACUUGGUGGAGGACUUGAAGCUUGAUGUCAAUACAAAAGAUGGUGAGACUCCUCUUCUUCAUGCUGCUAGGCAAGGGCAUAGUGCUACUGUCAAAUACCUCAUUGAGUGUGGUGCUAAUCCUGCCAUAGCCAGUGAGCUAGGGGCUACAGCUCUUCAUCAUGUUGCAGGAACAGGAGAUAUUGAAUUGCUGAGGUUUUUACUCUCCAAAGAUGUGGAUGUUAACUCACAAAGUGAUGCUGGUACUCCUUUGGUUUGGGCUGCAGGCCAUGGACAACAAGAUGCUGUGAAAGUAUUGCUAGAACACAAUGCUGAUCCCAAUGCCGAAACUGAUGAUAAUAUCACCCCAUUAUUGUCAUCUGUAGCAGCAGGUUCGCUGGCAUGCUUGGAGCUGUUGAUUCAGGCAGGGGCAAACGUUAAUAUUACAGCAGGUGGAGCAACACCUUUGCACAUUGCUGCUGACCAUGGAAGUCCAGAACUAAUAAACAGCCUAUUGAAAGCCAAAGCUGAUCCAAAUGUCACCGAUGAGGAUGGACUGAAGCCUGUCCAAGUUGCAGCUGCAAGAGGUAAUAGGAAGGCUGUUGAGAUGUUAUUGCCCUUAACUUCAAAAAUUCAGGACGUUGCUGACUGGAGUGUUGAUGGAGUACUUGAACAUAUGCAAUCUGAAACUAGAAAAGAACAGGAAGAAGCAAAGCAAGUCAAAGCGCAGAAAGAUGCUGUCACUCCAAAGCAAGAUAUGCCUGAGGUGACUCCAGCAGCGAAGGAAAAAGCUGCAGAAGCAAAAUUGAGAGGAGAUGAAGCAUUCAAGCGAAAGGACUAUUUGGUGGCAGUUGAUGCUUACACACAGGCGAUUGAUUUUGAUCCAACGGAUGCUACUUUGUUUUCCAAUAGAAGUCUUUGCUGGAUCCGUCUAGGGCAAGCUGAGCAAGCCUUGGGUGAUGGGAGAGCCUGCAGAACACUAAGACCGGAUUGGCCAAAGGCUUGCUACCGGGAAGGUUCAGCUUUUCGUUUAUUACAGAAAUUUGAUGAGGCUGCCAAUUCAUUUUACGAGGGUGUGAAGCUUGAUCCUGAAAAUAAGGAGCUUGUAAAUGCUUUCAGGGAAGCCGUUGAAGCUGGGAGGAAAUUUCAUGGUACAGAGCAGCAGAAAUCAUCAAGUGGGAAAGAUGGGAGUGAGCGAGCGUGAGUGAUCAAACAUUGCAUUGCAUUGCUUUGCUUUGCUUGUGCAAUUUUGUUCUAAUAGAGUAAUAUGUUAUCUAUAUAUAUAUAUAUAUAUAUAUAUAUAGGAUCCUUUUUUUUAUGUAUUCUGAACCGUAUAAAAUGUAAAAACUGCAUGAGAUGAGACUUACCUAGAUGAAAGAUCCUCUCCUCUUGGCCUCUUGUUAUUGGAAAUCAAUUGGAUGAGAUGAAUAGUUGAGAUUU